AUGAAGCUCUCGCUUAGCACCGCUGCGGCUGUGAUUGUCGUGGGCGCCGCCGUGCCGACGGCGCUGGCGCAGAACUAUGUGGGCAUCCAGGAUGUGCUGGAUGCGUGGGACUCGUCGCCGUAUUCGAGCUAUCCCACGCAGUUUACGCGGGAUAUCAUACCGAAAAAGUUGCACUCCCACAACGACUACUGGAGGAAGGCUCCCCUGUUUACGGCAAUUGCAAAUGGGGCAAUCUCCGUAGAAGCCGAUGUCUGGCUCUACAACGACACUCUCUACGUCGGCCACGACACCUCCUCCCUCACCCAAAACCGCACAUUCUCCACCCUCUACAUCAAUCCCCUCCUCGAGAUCCUCACGCUCCAGAACCCGAUCACCCCCUUCGUCACCACGCCCACGCGCAACGGCGUCUACGACGCCUCCGUCUACCAGACGCUCUUCCUCUUUGUCGACGUCAAGACCGACGGCGCCACGACGUGGCCCGCAGUACUAAAAGCCCUGCAGCCCCUUCGCGCACGCAACUACCUCACCACCGUCAACGGCACCACCAUCACACCGGGCCCCAUCACCGUCAUCGGCACCGGCGCCACGCCACUCGACCAGAUCCGCAGCAAGAGCUCACGCGACUACUUCUACGACGGGCCGCUCACGGAGCUGGACGCGAAGAACAUCACGCGGGCCAUUUCGCCGAUUGCCAGCACGGCGUUCACGGCGGCGAUUGGCGCCGUGAAUGGUACAGGGUUGAGUGCGGAGCAGAGGGCCAAGGUGGAGAAGCAGGUGAGGGAUGCGCAUGAGAAGGGGAUUUGGGUGAGGUAUUGGGAUCUGCCGAGUUGGCCGGUGUCGGUGAGGAAUGGGGUGUGGAGGGACUUGGUGGCGGCCGGGGUGGACCUGUUGAAUGUGGAUGAUUUGGAGGCGGCGGCGGGGUUGAAGGAGGUUUGGUAG